AUGGGCGAUCAUGUGUUCUUGAGGGUGACCCGAACCACUGGUGUGGGAAGGGUUCUCCGCUCAAAGAAGCUCUCUCCUAAGUUCCUUGGUCCCUAUCAGAUCACGAGGAGGAUAGGGUCGGUGGCUUACGAGAUAGCCUUGCUCCCUCAAUUGGUGAAUCUUCAUCCGGUAUUUCAUGUAUCACAGCUGAGGAAAUAUGUUUUCGACCCGUCUCAUAUGUUGGAAGUUGAGGAUAUACAGAUUAGAGAGGAUCUUACGGUGGAGGUGCCACCCAUCGCUUUAGAGGAUAGCAAAGUGGAAGAACGCCGAGGAAAAACAGUCAGCCUUGUCAAAGUCAUCUCGGAUCGGAGGAAAGGCGACUCUACUUGGGAGUUAGAGGAGGACAUGAGGAAAUCACACCCGCAUCUUUUUACCUAG